CCCGUGCCCGUGCUCACCGGCAUCACCGUCGCCUGCGUCCUGCUCUUCGUCAUCGGGAUCGUCGGCAACCUCAUGACCAUGCUGGUGGUGUCGCGGUUCCGGGACAUGAGGACCACCACCAACUUCUACCUGUCCAGCAUGGCCUUUUCCGACCUGCUCAUCUUCCUCUGCAUGCCCCUGGACCUCUUCCGCCUCUGGCAGUACCGGCCCUGGAACUUUGGGGACCUCCUCUGCAAGCUCUUCCAGUUCAUCAGCGAGAGCUGCACCUACUCCACCAUCCUCAACAUCACGGCGCUCAGCGUGGAGCGGUACGUCGCCAUCUGCUUCCCCCUCCGAGCUAAAGUCAUCAUCACCAAGGGGAAGGUCAAGCUGGUCAUCCUCUUCCUCUGGGCUGUCUCCUUCGUUAGCGCCGGACCCAUCUUCAUCCUGGUGGGGGUCGAGCACGAGAACGGCACGAACCCCCUGAGCACCAAUGAGUGUCGAGCCACCGAGUAUGCCAUCCGCUCGGGGCUCCUCACCAUCAUGGUCUGGAUCUCCAGCAUCUUCUUUUUCCUGCCCGUGUUCUGCCUGACUGUGCUGUACAGCCUCAUCGGGAGGAAGCUCUGGAGGAGGAAGAGAAAGAACAUCGGUCUAAACACCGUCAUCAGGGACAAGAACAACAAGCAAACUGUGAAAAUGUUAGUUGUGGUGGUAUUUGCUUUCAUACUCUGCUGGUUGCCUUUUCACGUAGGACGAUAUUUAUUUUCCAAAUCCUUUGAAGCUGGAUCCUGGGAGAUAGCAGUGAUCAGCCAGUACUGCAACCUGGUGUCCUUUGUCCUCUUCUACCUUAGUGCAGCCAUCAACCCCAUCCUCUACAACAUCAUGUCCAAGAAGUACCGCGUGGCCGCCUGCCGCCUGUUCGGACUCAAACCCCUCCCAAGGAAAAGACUCUCCAGCACAAAGCAGGAAAGUUCCCGUGUGUGGACAGAGUCGAGUGUCAUCACAUGACACAUGGUUUCCAGGGCUGGUGCAUCACUCACUGCAUUUCCCAGAAAGCCAUAACAGAAGGGAAAGAGGGCAAGAAACGGGAAUCGGAAUGUUAAAGCCGUACUUUUGUCAUCGUCCGGAUCUGCUGAAAGAUGUAAUGCAGGCAGUUAAAGAUUCAAGAAAACAACAAGCUAAACUUUGAGACUAUAAAAGGAGACAAAAUGGUCACAGAAUUUGGAAACACUCAAGUAUAAUUUGUCUGCUGCUUUUGCCCAUAUGAAUUUUUAAUGCUGACUUUAGCCCAGAUCUAGGCUUGUGCCCUCCUGACCAAGCAAAUGUGGCCCACUUGUACAACUUCAGUAGCAGCUAAUUCGAGCUGAAUGUUUCCAGAGUUAGCUUUAGUUUUGCUAAGAAUUUUGCUACCAUAUAACCAGACCCUAGAGAGAGAAAACUGAAUUGCCUUUUUGGAGUAGUAAACGUGAAAUUUGAUACACUUUUCAUAAUCUUGAUUUUUAAAUAAGCUCACGUUUUUC